AUUCCCAUUUGCUAAUGGCUUCCGCAAUUGGGGACUUCAUGAAUCAUGGAUGGGAAUAAUGGAGCUGCGGUAUCCCGCUGGCUUGACAUCGCUGAUUGUCGACAUGAGCCCCUCCCCGCUGGAUCCCGAUGAGAAGGCGGUCCGAGAGGGCAUCCGUGGGCCUUCUUCUGACAGUGGCCGGGGUGUCUGCUAAGGAAUUCAUUCAAUCAAUCGGGCAUUGGGAUUCCUGCUUCUGAUGCGCGUCGCGCGGGUUGUCUCCCCUUCUUGUCGCCGUCAAAGUUUUAUGAUCAGGGAUCGUUGCAAGGAUCAGGGUAUGUCCGAAAAGGUCAGGGGGAGGGAGGCGCAUGCAUAAAAGAGCUUCUAUGUUGAUAGUCACAGGGAUCGCGCAUGACUAUUCGCCCUACGAAGUACAAGAAAUAGACGAAGUGACGCGAUGCACCGAAGCAUAUGGGGAAACGCGUGGAAGUCGGGAUGGAAGCGACUCUGUACAACCCAACAGGAUGCAAGGAUCUUCCUGUCGUGUACGAAGUACGGAGCAAGGCCUAAGAAGCGAUUACUCCGUAUGGUCGUGAGACAUCACACAUUAACAAACUCCGCCAUGCUGGGGUAAAGGCAGCGUGCGAAUGUCGUCAAGGGGAAAUUCCGCGAUCUACCUAGAAUCCUCUCGUUCCUGACAGCUCCAACACAACCUGGCUGCCGCCAUCUAUGUUAAACACUCUGCACCCACCUGCAUACCUACCCUACCAUCAACAUCCAACAUUCACCCCUAUCUUUCGAGAUUUUAUUCUAGCCCUUUUUGGAGUUCUCUAGCGUCACUUUUAGUGUUGAGACUGGUUUGUGAUAAAUUUUCUUCCGCAAAGCUAACUUCUCCAGCCCAGCAAAUCGGGUGGCCUGAAGGUCAUCACCCUUCUCAAUAACGCGGUUCACCUUUAUUAGCUUAUUCAGGAUUCACCUACAAAUACGAAGAAUGAAUGCACAAGCUCAAUGAUAAAAAUGUCCAAGAUACAGAGUUUAGCGAAAACCACGGGAAUGGACGCGAAAUAAUAGAGUAAAUAUGAGGAGAACAAAAAGGAGACCAGCAGAUCUUCUUCACGUCUGGGCUCUGCCAAUUGGCCAAUGGGGAGGACAUUACUCCGUACAGAUGCAUCCUUCUUAAGGAUUGAUCCCAAACAGUGGAGCCACCAGCCGCGAAAACAGCUGAGCAUUGAACAUUGAGCAAUGAGCACUGAUCAAUGGAAGUCAGCCCAUGCCAAGCCGCUUUCACAAGGAAAAAGCCUGAGGAUGCAACCGUUGACGCCGUUCCUGGCCCGUUCCUAGGCCCACCUACUGCUGGGCUUAAUGUCUUGAAGUUGUCACGCUGGUGUGGACCGCUUUCACCUUUUUUAGGCGUGAAAAAUGGCACGCCCCCCCCCCCCAAGCAGGCUGGUUGGACCGGUAAUUCUGGGGGGGGUCCCUGUCCAGAAAAUCCCCCUGAGAUGACUUCUAAGCCUCGUACCCUGUGCUCGACGCGCCAAUCGAUGGUUCAGCUUGAUAAAAAAAAAGAAAUGUCGGCCUAUUCCCCACUGAUUUGACCCCCGGAAUCAAUCGGCCAACUUUCAAUUCGCCAAUCAGGGACCUUUGACAGACCCUUUCUUUGCUUCCAUCUGAGCUUUGAGCCAGGGCUUUUGUGCCAGUCCAGUCCUCUGCUUCGAAAACAUCAUCCCCGACAUGAGGUUCCAAGGUUCAAUUGUUCUCUUUUGAAACGGGGAUUUCUUUCUUUUCUUGCUUUUUUUUUUCUUUUUUUUUUCUUGGACACUCGGUUUGCGGUCAGUACUCUCUUUUCCUUCACUCGUGACUUUCUUUUUUACUCUAUUUUGUUAUAAAAAAAAAAAAAAAAAAAAAAAAAAAAAAAAAAAAUUCCUUGCGGUUCCUACAUUUUUGCAUAAUCUAGUUUCGAAGGUCUCCUGGAAAUAAAACAAACCGGCAAGCAAGUUCCCGUCGCCAACUGUUGUAAUUCUACUUUCCUUGGUUUAAUCGAGGUGCACCGAAAUGACUCUCCGAUAAGUCUCUUCCGAUGAGCCAGUUGGCGACAUUCCCCCCUUCAAUUGGAACCAUUGACUUCAUUCGGCUUCCUACAAUGGCCAAUUGGGAAAGAAUGGAGAGCCUAAGAAAGCUUUUCAAUGUCGAGAGGACACUGUUCCACUCGACAAGUCCCGAAUUGACUGUGAGCGAGUCUAGCGAUCCAGUAAACGGCACCUGUUCCCCAUGCCUUAUCUUGCCGCACGGAUCGCCUGAAACGAAACUCCCUCGGCUUCCACAAAUGCAAAACCAGACUUUCUACGGGAUUGAGAGGCAAUUCGAAGACCUCCAUGAUCAGUUUUGCUGUCGCACAUCACCGGCCCUGCAAAAUAAACGAGUUAAAAACACUGAAUCUCACCCCCCUCCUCACUCGAGCCGGCGUCAUGUCGAUGUUAUAGAAGCCAGCUUCCCGGCCCAACACGCCCGACUCCCGACUCCCAUAUCUCCAGCGAGUAUGUAUAACGAGGAAAUUGCGGAUCGCAACAUCCAUAGCCAACGACUUAACAAAUUCAGCACAAAAUACGCAAAUGUUAUAUCUGCUGUAUACCAGGAAGACGUAGCGGACCGUAAUAUCUUGCUCAGCGGUGGAAAUACACAUACCCGUACGAUAGGGCCAAGCGGAGCAGUGUCCACGUGCAAUUUAAGCAAUAGCAGAUCAGUGUCAUCCCUUUCAUACUACCAGGAAAGCUGGCCACGUUUAUGGUCCAGAUUGCAAGUAGUCGGGCAGCGAGCACCAUUAGAGGAGAAAAGAGCAGAAUUGAGAGUUAUAUCUUCCGAUCAGGACCUGCGAAGCCAUCCUCUAUCAUACACACCAGAAGAUGCUGGCGGCAGUCCACCACGCAGGAUAGGCGUCAGGCAAUAUAUCGCUUUGCGAUUAAAAAAUUCGUCGCCGGCCCUAUCCUCUAAAGGACCAGAAAAUAGUGCUCCAGAAAGAGCACCGCAACCCCAAUUAAAAAUGUACAAAGUCACGCCUGAUCUCCCACCAUCUGCGAGAGAUGCCGGCAAAGCACCCAAGUUGAAUCAGAGCUCAAUCAAUUCACCGAAGCAGGAGGAGGUUAAGCCUGGAAACGAUGUCGCGAAAAAAGCCGCACUCAAACUAUCACCUGGCAGCAACACAUCCAACCGCUUAUUAUCCCCGGCCUCAGCUAAUCUAUCCACAAGGAAAAACGUUCGUGAACUCUCUAUUAAUACGAAGCUAGCCGCUCCCACCAAAAAUUUCGUCAAAGUACCUAGCCAGCCAUCCGACAUUCCCGUCGCACCAGUUAGACGGGACCCAAAUGCAAGUAUUGCGGAGAUUGUAAACAGCCCUCUUCCAGUUGCUACUCCUUCUAUGGUAUCUCCCAAAACCCCGAGCUACAACGUCGAGGAAAUUAUGAGCAUGUUUAAACAUGCCUACAUCUCAUCACAAAAGACCAGUCCACAUCCCACUUUCGAAACCUUGCAAGAUGCCAUUGUUCGCGAGAUAAAUUCCCAUGAAGCCUUUCGCCAGGUUGCUUCCGAGAUUGAGACAAUGCCGUUUCCGGAACCUAGUCCAGCUCCGAUUCCCAUUAAACAUAGUGGAGAAAUUCAUGGCCACAUGAGGAAGAAAUCAUCAUCAAAGAGUUUAUCGGGGAGAGAGAAACAAACGCUGAGACUUGUUGGUAGAAGCUCCUUCGCAAAGAAGCGACGAAACUCAUAUACCUCAGGAAAAGAAUUGUCGUUUCCUGCUAUUAAGGGCCUGGAAGGAGGAAGUGAACCGGACAGCAGCCACCAGGAGCGAAGGAGAAGACAUACUUACUCGCAACCGUUGCCGCCAGUCGUAUCAAUUGCCCCUAAGCUCCCAGAGGAGUUACGAGAAGAGGCGAGAAGAGCCAAGUUGGCGAGCGCUGGAGAUACCCCGCAGCCCAAAUACGCUUAUAAACUAAUGCCCGAUAUCCGGCCCAAGAGUUCGCAUAGCGUACGUUCUAAGGGCCAUCAUUCCAGGCCGGGAACGUCUGAUUCUUCGAAACAAUUGCAAUCGCGUCGUCCUACACCUAUACCUCAAAAUGCCCAGCCGGAAACGGCGCAAAAUACGAACAGCCGAAGCAUUCCUACCGAGCAGACGACAUCUGAAACAUCCAAAUAUGAAUCAGAUCACUAUAGGAAUGGAGAAAGUGACACCCUACCCGGCUCAACGAACACCUCAUGCACUACCCCUGAGCCUAAAACUAUGACCUCCAAUUCGCCCCAGCAAAUCACUCAAAAGGCGCCCAUUAAGCGGCUAUUCAGCGCUUCCCCCCAGCCACUUGGCCGGAAUCGAAUACCUCUACGCCGAAGUAGUCUUCACAAAGACCUAUUUGACUCUGGGCGGUUUAAGCCGUGACUAAAAUUUUAGCUGAGCUCACCAAUGUCUAUAACUUUGAACUCCAGUGACGAACAACUUAUUUUACGGCUCGAAUACCAGAAACUCCUUAUAUAUAUUUCUUAACGGAAUUACCCAGUAAUUGUAAUCCGGCGCGUCUCAUUCCCUCCACCGAAUUAAUUUUAAUUGUCAACCAAAAGCGGCUUCCUUUGGUGGCCUUAUCAGCCUCAAUUCCUGCCACGCCCUUCUUCGAUGACAUGUCUCCGAUUAAACCUCAUUCCAGUACACUAAGCAACGGUCGUCACCCGCUUUAUCUAUAUACCCCAGGGAAAUAUCCCAAAAAUAACGAAAAGAUUUCUGUGAUACAUCAUUCCAACAUUUCUUUUCCAUAUCCUACUUCCAUCUCCUUGUCACACAUCCCAUCUCAGUUUCCUUUGUCUACUAUGAUCACUUACAUAGCCUUACCUAAUUCAUUCACUACUCGCCAUUUUCCUAAAUUGUAAUAAAAAAACAUGCAUGGCACACCCAUUGCAUACAAACCACAGGGCUAUUUUUUGGCGGCGCAUAUAAAUCCUGCAAUAGCGACUCGGGUCAACUUAAGGGAAAUAUCACUUUCUUUCCUGGUUAUUUUCAUUUUUAUUUAUAACUACACUCAGAAAAUUCGGGGGAACCUUGGAGUUUACUGUUUCCUUCUUAUCUAUCUUUGAAGGGGGCGCAGCGGGGAUCUUUUCGGACAUUCCCUCUUUCUUUGCCAUUUCUCAUUCAUACAUUACCCGUUCGAUUAUCGGCUAGCUUCCUUGUCUCCUGUCUUGGGCGAGCGAGGUUAUCUUUUUCUCAUUUCUUUUUGGCCAUGGCCCAUUUCGAUUCCCAAUCUAUUUUCAUCUUUUCCGUUCAUUAAUUUUUCAUUUUCAAGCGUUCUGAGAAACUCAGAAGGGAUCUCUCCCCGAGAGCCCCCAACCUGGUCAGGGGCCCUAUGUCUAAACUCACUGUAUUCUCUUUUAGAGGUGUAUAUUUGUUGGCUUACGCCUUCGUCGGGGUUUUCAUGGCUCUCUAAUUCACGGCGGCAUCAUCUAGCAUUGCUGUAUUACUUACUAUAGCCGUACAACAUGUAAUAUACCACGCAAUAUUCUCUUUCGGCCAACCACUUUUCAUAGUCUGGCCCCUCUGCACUAGAUUGUCGACGUCUCUUCAGAGCAGAGCUUGGCUUACUGGUGUUUAUCCUUUUAAGUAAUGUUUUUUGCGAGAGGCUCUUGAUAUUUAUUUACCCUCAUGUCCGGAGUCCGUAGACAAGAAGUGAAAAGGAAAUGGUUUCAAAUGGAGGAAAGGGGAAAGGAAAAAAAAGAAAAACCAAAUGAUGUCGCCCAGGCUCGAACUGGGGACCUUGAGUGUGUUAGACUCACGUGAUAACCAACUACACCACGACACC